AUGGAAAAAUACGCCAUCUCUUUCUUUGAAUUUUACAAUAACUGAUCAGCUUUCCUAAACGCCGGUUAUCGGGUCUCCUACUCCCACGCAGCCCUGAGCUCAAUCAAAACUGAUGCGCCAGUGUCUUUCAUUUGGGACGUUAUAUGUGCAUGGAAACGUAAGCAUGAAGCGGAAGUUGCUGCUGCUGCUGCUGCUUCUGUUAGCAAAGUGGAAGACAUUUCUGCUGAUAACGAGGAGCAGCAAGAAAAGUUAUGUCCACUUGCAGAUGGAGCAAAUUGUGAAACUAAAUCCGAUUCAAAAAAGAAGAGAAGAAAAUCUCCAAAGAAACAUCCACGAAGUGAGGAGUUUAUUCGUGUGAUGAAUGCCUUGAUGGCCAAGCCAGAAAACCCAAAAGUCUGCUUUGAAGAACAUCCUGAAGCUAAUCCACCAUCUCGAGCUGAUGGUCUUGUGAGGUACCAACGUAAUCCGCAACCAUACUGGGGACCUAAAGCCAGGCCUUCGAAGAAAGGCAUGGAGGAGAUUGCUCUCCCAGCAUCGAAAAAAUUGAAGUCAUCAGAGUGA